UGCUCGUGCUUCUCGCCUCUCUCUAACGGCUGUGUGUCUUUCGCGCAAGCAAGUGGAUCAUCGCGUUCGUUCAAUAUUUUUUUCUCUAACCAAUUAAUAAUGCGCUUCUUUAUCAGUGAACAAGUUGAUGAGAGUGAGGAAUUACGUCCUCAUCAAAUAAAUAAUUUAUCACAAGGAUUCAUUUUUCGAUGAAUUGGUGUAAUUUAUUUACAAAUACGACCGUGACCCAGGUCAACCCUUUGAUCUAGUUUUCUACAUUAGUGGAAUGUUACGAAAAGACGCGUACAAAUUGCAAUUCAAUUUCGAAUAAAAGAUCCAAUUCAUUAAUAUUUGGUGAUAGAUUUUUCAAAAAUCUUAAAAUUUGUUAAAAAAAAGUAUAUAAAUUGAAUUUUUUCACUGAAACGCCAUGUCAGGGUUUCCCGUUCUUCUCAUCACUGCUAAUGUUGGCAGCAUCUUCGAAGAGCCUGAAGUUAUGUUAAAAAUAUGGACCGAGGAGUUUUUAUCUACUGUAUCACGAUUGGAUCCAAAAUUUAUAGCAUUACACUGCCAAGAAGUCGGUGGGAAAAAUUAUGAACAAAGUAUGCGUCACGUGGAAGAUUUCGUUAGAUUACUUAUGUCUUCCGAAGAAUUGAGACUAUUUGAUAAAGUAUCUGUAUUCUUAGACGAAGAUUUUUCUUCUGCUGAGCAUUUUACGGCUCUCGGUAAUUUUUAUUUCGUCCAUGAAUCAGUAAAAGACGUUUUACUAUGGGAUUUCAAAGAAUUUAAAUUUGUUCCUGUAACUGGAAAAGAAGUACAUUCUGGCAAUAUUGAAUCAGUAACAACAAAAGAAAAAGCAAAAUUUCCACAAGAUUUUUUCCCUGAAUGCAAAUGGUCAAGAAAGGGAUUUCUACGAACUCGAUGGAGCAUUAGUGGAACAGUAUUUGAUCUUAUCAAUAUACACUUGUUUCAUGAUGCGAGUAAUUUCAUUGCCAUGGAAACUUUUCCGUCAGUAUACAGUAAAACUAGACGAAGGGCUUUGGAACAUACAUUGGAUAGAUUCCAUAAUGAUCCAUAUCCAAAUGUUCCAUAUUUCCUUUUUGGUGAUUUUAACUUUCGGACUGACACAGCAUCUGUUGUUAAGAAACUUACUGAAGAUACCCUUGAAAGUAAAUUAUCGAACAAGGGAAGUAUUUCUAAAUUACAAUUCCGCAAUAAGGAAGAUAAUUUGAUCUUGACAUUGGGAAAAAAGGAAUUUUCUCAUCAUGAACAUCGACAAGUAUUUGUUGAGAAUGGUGGACGAUGGCUGCGAGAAUAUGAUCGCGAGCUUGAAGAUUUUGAAGGAAGGCUUUUUGAAUUUCCGAUCGACUUUUUGCCAAGUUAUCCGUUCGAGGAGGAUGUGAAUCAAGGAAGCAUUUAUAUGCAAACUAGAGUACCAGCUUGGUGUGAUAGAAUACUCUUAAAUUCCACUGCAAAAACACUAGUCAAAGACAUCUCGUCCCCCGAUGCUGUGAACUACGGGAUAAUAGGACCAAAUACAUGUAUGGGUGAUCACAAGCCAGUCUAUCUACGAGUUGUCAUAUCUUCCAAUGCAGAAAUCGUGGAAUGUAAUGAGUGCGAAGUAAAUGGUGAUUCAUUACAAAAUUCAAGAGAGUUCUCAUACAACAAUGGUUCAGCAACAAUUACACGUUAUAUCCAUAUUAAACAUGCAGAUUCGUCCGUUAAAAUAUUCCGAGAGACAACCGUCUGAUAAUGAGAUGUUUUAUCUAUAAAAUCAAACUAACUAAAUGUCCGCCAAACAUUUACAUUCUGCCUGUUAUUUGUAUUAUUUUUAAAACAUUUUUAUUUUUUAUUAUAUUACGAUGAAAAAUUUUAAACUAUCUCAAUAAACAAUCGGUCAAUUUUAAUUAAUUAAUUUGAAUCCAGUCCAUGAAGGAUUCAUUUUUUGUUAUUUAUAGUUAAUAAAAAAAGUUAAUAUUCGAACAAAUUUUUGCUAGGAAUAUUGCUAUAAAUUGAUAUCAUGUAAACGAUUAAUUAAAGUAUGAAAAGUUAAGGAAAAAGCCAAAAAAAUGUUUGUUGAGUAUUUUUAAAUGUUAAUUAUUGUACGAUAAGCCGUCUCUUGUCCAUCAUGUGUGUUUAUUAGAUGUAAUAUUCUUAAGAGUGCAUUUCUAAAACUAAAAUAUACAUGAAUAUAUUUAUAUAUAUAUGCAUAAAGAAUAAAUGUAUAAAUAUAUUAUUAUUAAUAUCAUUAUACAACUUAUACAAAUAAUUGAUGCCAUUUUUGCUUUUAUUUUGAAUGGAUCAAUAUAGUUUCAGAAGCUAAGAUUCAAAGUCUGUACUUACUUUGCUAUAAUUUACAAUUAACUAUUUGAUAAUAUUUUAUCUUAAAUAAAAAUACGACGAAUUAUCAUAAUGAAAAGGAUUUAUGACAUGAAAGUUUUUUGUACAAAAAUAUUAAAUUAUUUAAAUAUUAUAUUAUUAGAUUAGACUACAAGAUUGUGAACUAAAAUAUUCUAAAAACUAAUUGAUAAUAAGUUCAAUUCCAUUCCUACGUAAUGUUUAAACUCUUUAUAAUUAUUUAUUUAUAAACUUAUUUAAUUGGACGUUAACAUUCAGACAGUAUUUUGUGAUUACUAUAGAAUUGAUGGUCAAUAUUGUCAUAGUAUCAAAUACAGUACUAGAAUAUACAAUAAAUUACAAUACUAACAAUUAACAGCAUUAAUAAGUUUAAAUCAGAAAAAUGAAUAAUUAUUUUACUUUUAUAAACAUAGAAAUGAGUACAAUAUUUUUUAAAACAUUGCACUGAAUAUUCUAUUAGAU